UCCCCUGUCAGUUGCGGACACACUCCUUCAGCUCCUUUUCUUUUCUGUUUGCAAUCAGAAACACGGGAAAAAGAAAAAAAAUGGGAAGAGGAAAAUUCAAGGGCAAACCCACCGGCCACCGCCAUUUCUCAACUCCGGAAGAACUCCGUACUGGUAGAUCAGCUAGGCCCCGUACUUUUAGGAAGGAAGAAGCUGAAGUGGAGGAAGAAGUAGAACAAGAAGAGUCUGAAGAGGAAAUAGAAGAAGAGCCUGAGAAACGGAAAGGGGCCCAAGGGCUUAUUCAGAUUGAGAAUCCAAAUUUAGGUAAAUCAAAGAAUGUCAAAGCUAAAGAUAUUGAUAUGGGGAAAGCUACUGAACUAUCAAGGCUUGAAAGAGAGGGGAUAGAAAAUCAAAAAGCACAUGAACUGUAUAUGAAGCUGCAGGAACAAGGGAAAACUGAGCAAUCAAGAAAAGAUUUAGAGCGCUUAGCCAUGAUUAGGCAAUAAAGGGCAGAGGCUGCUAAGAAGAGAGAAGAAGAGAGGGCUGCAAAAGAACAAAAGAAAGUUGAAGCCCGCAAAUAAAUAGGUUUAGGAAACAUAAUGAUUAUGAUCGGUUUAGCAUCAGCUCUCUUUAUACUAAAAAUUUUAUCCCAUUAAAAGAAAAAUACAAACUUAUAGACACUAUAAAUUUCCUAAACUUGAUUUCAACUUCUUAUCUGCUUUUGGAUCUUCUCAAACUGCAUGCUGAUUGUUCAUGUUUCUUAGUGAGGAUACUCUGUUA